UCUGUUUCCGUCUUAAUCUGAUUAUACAGUCUUACAAAGAAGAUAUCUGUACUUUUAAGUUAUUUUAAAACCAUAUAAAGGAUGGAUGUUACUGUUUUUCAUAAUGAAGUUUUUGCUUUGCUUGUAAUACAAAUAUUGCCGUUUGUUACAAGUGAACAUUAUUUUUCAUCAAACGAUUCAACAAUUUGGGGGAAAAGCAACUGCACACUGGCCUUUCCAGAUCUUACAUACACGGAUGAAGAUAUUAAUGUCGUGAACGAUAAUAUGUCUGCAUUAUCCUUGCCAUCAGAGGGUGCAUGGAUAGGGCUUUACAAAGCUCUAUUGAGUUUUGCAUAUGUUGGUUGCAAUACAUUAGAUGACACCGAUGUGCUGCUGGUUAGGAUUUUGAGCGACUGUAGAUGGCAAAGUGGAUGUGACAUGUUUGGAGUGCGAAAAACGGACACUGAUAACGUAGAGUGCAAGUGUUUCCAAUCGUCUGUUACCAAUGAAACAGGAUGUACUUCUAUAUGUGGAUCAGCAGAAAAAUAUCCGUGUGGAUCUUUUGGAAACAGCUAUUUUUCAAUAUACACUAUCGAAAACGUUUCGAGUUGUUCUUUUGGUUGUAAUAUUGUUACCAAGGGAUGUUUAGGCGUUCGUUUUGAUCGUGUGAAUAAGGUCAGAUGGUGGUUGUGCAACAGGCCAUUGAACACUUCAAUUCUGUGUAGCAAACAACCGUAUAAUGAACUUGAUGGACGGAUUGAGGCGAACGGAAGAAGUAAAACAUGGGUAAAUACUGGACAGGAGUGUUUCGAAAAAGGUCUGUUUCCAACUCUUUUUCGACAUAUCCAGUCAACAAACUUUAAUGAAACAGGACCGUUCUGGACAAGCGUUAUCAGGAUGGACUCUCUGCUCCGUGUUGAUGAUAACUUUGGUACUUCAAACCCGAAGCAGUACGCCUAUGUAAAAGGUGUUAAUGGUGAACUUAAAGUCGAAUUUGACGGUGACUUGACCAAACAAGGGAAAACUCUAUACCGGGGUUGUGGAGUUACAACAACAAUGCAAACUACUGCGUCAAAAUAUACUACCACACAGGCAUCCGGAGACCAAACUACACAUGUAUAUAGAACUCAUACAACAGCAACAGGAGGAUGGACGCCAUAUGACGUGGCAAUAGCAGGCGUUUUAACAUCCCCGUUGAGUUCAGCUUCAUCUGAGAAAGCUUCCAGACACAUUCCUAUCGCGGGGAUAUCUGCUGGUGUAUCAAUUAUUCUUCUGAUAGUAAUUGCCGUUGUUAUUCUUAUCUGCAAAAGAAACAGGCUAUGCAGUCUUUCUGAAGGACGAAAAUCAUAUACACAAAGAGAAAGGGGUGAUGGUGAACAUAUAUACUGCAAUAAAACUUUAACAAAUAAUGAAGUCAACCUGUAUCAAUGCCUACAACACGACCAGACAAGUCAGGAGUAUAUGGAACUCAGCACGGUGCAAAAAAACCUUCCAACUGUUUCUACAGCAGAAUAUUGACCGUGGGACUAGCCUAUACGAUUUUUUAUGCUACUGAUUUUGCAGUUGAAAUGGUUAUAUCAUGAGUAAUUUAGUUUGAACUCAAACUUUAACCAACUGUAUGAUUAUUGCCAAACAUGGGGCUUAGAAGUAAAUAUAUCUGAUACCAAGCAGGAAAUAUUCCGUCACAGAGGACCAGUAAGACCGAACGAAACUUAGUUUUGUAACGAAUAACCACUUAAUGAGGUCGACGAGUUAAAUAACUAACAUGGCGCUUUAUUUUUAAAUACGGCUCCAUUCUUUUAUACGUAAUUAGCAUUGCUCUUAAAGAUAUGCAUGUAUAAUAACAACAAUCAAAACAUUCACGUCGCCUUAAAAAUUGCGCACUAAUUAAGCUAAUCGUUUAUAGUUCUAUCUACAAUUAUGGAACUAAUGUUUGAGUGUUUUACAAAACAAAAUACAUCGAACGGGGUCACCAUAUGUUUUGAAGAGGUCAGGAAAAGAACUUUUACACAGACUGUUUACGAAUGAUUAGGGAUUUAUGCUAACGUAUUGCUUUAAAGUGCAAGAAUCUUAUUUUAUUUAACUUCAGUGUACUGUAAAUACAAGGUUA